GGCCGCUCCGGGGGCAGGGUUGGAGCGGCGCCUCAAGGGCCGAUUCCUUCUUCCCGCCGCGGCGGUGAGUCGGCUUCCUGCGUACCGGGGCUGGGCCCGGCCGUACCCUGCCCGGCUCGCCGUGGCUCCGGGGACAGCGGAACAGCGAGACUGUAAGAAGAUUCCCAUCUGGAAUGCUGCAAACUCCAAGGAAAGCAGCACAAUCGAAGACACAUCUGCUGCCAUGGUGAAUGAGAAGCACAAUGGCACCCUGCUCGUGCAGCUGGGGCCCAAACUGCAGGCCUACCCAGAGGAGCUGCUCCGGCAGCGGCGAGGCCACGACGGCCGGCCGGAAUACCUGGUCCAGUGGAGCGUCGUCAGCUUGGAAGAGAGAGCAGCAGGAGGCAGCAGUGCCUCCUGUGCAGAGACCAAGCCAGAGCACAUCUCCAUGUGGAUGUCUGCAGAAGAGGUCGGCGCCAGCUGCCCGGCGCUGCUGGGCCGGAGGAGGCCGGAAGGGCCGCGGCUGAAAGAGGAGAAGGCGCCCGGUCCGUUGGCCGCGGACGUGGCGCUGGACGAGGCCUCGCUGCUGGAGAUGAAGGCCGAUGUCAGGAGCCUGGUGCAGCGAGCCGGGCGCCAGGUGGCCGAGGCCGGGACGCCCGAGUGCUCCAUCCUGAGCACGGUGCACGUGCUGGGCGCCUACGCCAGCAUCGGCUCCCUGGCGGGCGCCUUCAGGGAGAUGGGAGCCCUGGACCUGCUGAUGAGGAUGCUCUGCCACAAGGAGAAGCAGAUCCGCCGCAGUGCCGGCGAGAUGCUGCGCGCUCUGGGUGCCCACGAUGCAGGGAGCCGGGCCUAUGUCCUGCUGUCCCUGAGCCAGCAGGAUGGCAUUGAGCAGCAGGUGGACUUUGACAGUCGCUGCACCUUGCUGGAGCUGUUUGCUGAGAUCAUGUCCUCUGCAGAGCACUGCAUGUCCUUCGAGGGGAUUCACCUCCCGCAGAUCCCUGGGAAGCAGCUGUUUGUCCUGGUGAAGCGCUACCUGUGUGUGACUUCUCUCCUGGACAAGCUGAGCAGUGGCGUGGAGCAGGGAGAGGAGCAGCAGGGCUGUGCUGUGCCCAGCCCUGUCCCUGAGGAGAGGAGCCGUGUGAAGCAGGAGUUUGAGUUCAGCAUGGCCAUGGCAAACCUCAUCUCGGAGCUGGUGCACGUGAUGGGCUGGAGCCACAGCCACGAGGCAGAGCCACUGCCCCAACGGGACCUGCAGCCUCGUCCCGCCCGCUCCAUCUUCCAGCACAAGGCCUCAGCCAGCUCUGCUGCCCAGAAGCCUGUGUUGCCAUCAAAUCCUGGAACUCACAAAAAGCAGGGCUGUACAUUCCUGACUGCAUCAGACUUCGCAGACAGCAGUGACUAUGUGGAGUACUUGAAGGCAAACCUGGUGCAUGGCAUGCGGGUGCGCUUGCUGGAGGACUGCGGUGACGUUAGAGCUGGGGAGGAAGGCGAGUUUCUCCAGAGCACGAACAGCAUGCACACAGUACAGGUUUUAUGGCAGUCAACAGGUCGGACCUACUGGAUGCGUUGGCAGUUACUGGAGAUUAUUGGCUUUGGGGACCAGUGGGAAGAUCCUGCUGCUCAGAAAAAGGAAUAUAGUGUGAGAAAGAGCUUUAAUCUAGACACAGCAGUUCCACAGCCAUUGCUGUGCAAGCCCUUGGGGGGGCUUUACUCCCUGCCUUACCUGGGGCAGCGGCUGCCCAAGGCUGCAGAGACACUGAGCCGUGCCGAAUGGUGGGAGCUGCUCUUCUUUGUGAGGAAGCUGGAAGCACAGGAGCAGAAGGAGAUCACCUGUCUCAUCCAGCAGCACCAGGGAGAGCAGGUGGAUGAAGAAGGCCUGAUGCAGCUGUCGGUGCCUGCGGAGCUGGCCCAGAAGGUGCUGCAGGUCCUGGAGAAGCGGUGCGAGGGCAGCUCUCUGCGUGACCUGCGAGGCUCCCGUGUGUACGGCAGACACUUCCUCGCUCGGGGGGCAGAGCGGGAUGGUGGAGGGAGCAGCGCGGUGUCCUCAGACGGUGGCGGCUGCGGGAGCACCGGCCCCGAAGGCGGCACGGCCAAGGCAGCGGAGGGAGACCUUUGUGCAGCCCCAGGGCCGCCCCAAGCCCGCAGUGCGGCAGUGAAGUCGGAUUCGCAGCUGUUCAGCGAGCUCUUGGAGAGGGAAGGGCUGUUCUUGCCAGAGGCGACGGAGGAGCAGAGCCAGGGUUGGGUGCUGGCUCCAGGUGCACUGCGGCUGAACCAGGCAGCCCUGGCCCAGAGCUCCGGCCGCCAGCUGAGGCUGCUGCCCCAGCAGAGGUACCUGCGGACAGAGAGGGCCGAGGUGAGCGCCCUGGAAAGGAAGAGGAAUGUCCUGUGCUGCCUCAUCACCCGCAUCCUCAAGCUGGAGAAGCAGCUGCACAUCGACAAUCUGGUGUUCAGGGUGAUCGAUGCCUGUCAAAAGGGCGAGUUGGGGCCAGGGGUGCAGUUCCUGAGCUUCUGCUGCCACAGCGUGGACGUGCUGUCCUGCAUCCUGCACCUGCUGAACCAGGGCUAUCUCCGGCGCCAGGAGGGGAGGCCUCAUGUCUUGGAAUACAUCUCUGCUGAAGCCAUAACACCUCUUGGCGGCCAAGCACAGAUGACUUUCCAGUGCAGGCCAGCCCAUGCAUCUCUGGAGGAGGACAGCAGAGACAGCCUGCAUUGGUGGAAUCCUGGCACAGACAGUGCGGAAGAAUAUCUCAUGGCAAUGCUGCAGGUGCCAAUGGGGCACACGCUCAGUCCAGAGGAGGCAAAGCUGCUCAUGAACCAGACAGUACAGCAGGUCCAGGAUACUCUGAGCAUACCGGAUGAUGUUGCUCAGCACCUCCUCAUGCACUGUAGGUGGAAUGUGGAUUUCCUGAUCCAGUGCUAUGUGGAGAACCGCGAGGCCCUGUUCAUCUCCUCAGGGCUGCAAGUGCAGAAUGUCCAGCCUCCCCCAAGUCCUGGAGUGCACUGCCCAGUCUGUGUGAGCCAGCUGUGUCCCACUGAGAAGCCACCAACCCUUUGCUGCAUGCACUACUGUUGCAAGCCCUGUUGGAGGGAAUAUCUCACAACUCGCAUUGAGCAGAACAUGGUUGUCAACUGCACCUGUCCCAUAUCCGAGUGCCGUGCUCAGCCAACCACCGCCUUCAUCUACUUCAUUGUGUCCUCUGAGGAGAUUAUAGCCAAGUACGAAAAAGCCCUCCUCAGACACUAUGUUGAGUGUUGCUCCAACCUGACAUGGUGCACCAACCCUCAGGGCUGUGAUCAGAUCCUCCUUAAGGAUGGACUUGGUUAUGGAGCAGCCUGUUCCAAGUGCUCCUGGAUAUCCUGCUUCAACUGCAACUUCCCAGAGGCCCAUUAUCCUGCCAGCUGCAGCCACAUGUCUAGGUGGGUAGAUGAUGGUGGAUACUAUGAGGGAAUGACAAGUGAAGCCCAAAGCAAACAUCUGGCUAAGCUCAUUUCAAAGCACUGCCCAAACUGCCAGGCUCAGAUAGAGAAAAACGAGGGGUGCCUGCAUAUGACAUGUGCCAAGUGUAAUCACGGCUUCUGCUGGCGCUGCCUCAAGCCCUGGAGGCCGAAUCACAAGGAUUAUUACAACUGCUCUGCUAUGGUGAGUAAAGCAGCUUGGCAGGAGAAGCGUUUCCAGGAUUACAAUGAGAGAUGCACCUUUCAUCACCAUGCAAGGGAAUUUGCUGUAAGUCUGAGGAACAGUAUUUCUUCCAUCAGAGAGAUGCCAAAAAUUAGGAACUUGACCUUUGUUCUUGAUGCCUGCAAAGUGCUAGAACAGGCACGGAAGGUGCUGGCCUACUCCUGUGUUUACAGCUACUAUAACCAGGACACUGAGAGCAUGGAUAUUGUGGAACAGCAGACUGAGAGUCUGGAGCUGCUCACUAAUGCUCUGCAGAUCCUUCUGGAGGAAACCCUGCUGCAGUACCAGGACUUGACCACUUCCCUUCAGCUCCUAAAAGCAGAACAUUUCCACGUGAGUUUGGAGUUGGUGCGGCAGAUCAAGGAGCGUCUCUUUGCAAUUCUCAGGCACUCCACACAGGAUUUCCAUGUUGGGCUCCAGACUUCAGGAGAUGCUGUUCAGAGAAAGCUGAAACUCGCAAAUGUGCCUGCUUCAGCCCUUGCAUGUACAGGGCAAAAACGUAUCAUCCUGUGUGACUCCCCCAACACAGAUGAAGGUGGCAAGGAGGUUGAAGAUGAGGAGUAUGAUCCACAGUGGCAGGAAGACUAUGAUGAUGAUGAUGAUGACCUUGAUGAAGACAACUUUAUGAUUGAUAAUGAGUCAGAUUGUGAUUCUUACUUUGAUGAUGAUGAUAGCUAUCGUAGCUAACACUAGAAGUAUUCUGUCACCUAGCCUGCUGCCUUGGACCUCUGCCUCUACUUAGUCUCAACCAGUUUGUGUUCAUGUUUUUCCUCAAAGGCAGGGAGGAGCUCUCAGGUGGAACAAAACAUUUCCUCUGGGAGGUUUCUUGCUCAGUGACUUUUGAAUGUGCUGGAACAUGCUCUGGGCAGUUGGUCUGUGUUACUGUGGCCACCUCCUUUAGAAAGACAUCUCCUUGCCUUUUUCCCUUUUCUCCAGUUCUGCCUAUAGAUAUGUAAUUGAGUUAGAAAGUCACAGCCCACCUGCAGAGUGAGGACCACUUGCCACCUUGUCCUUGGUGUGCUCUCCCCAAGGGCUGGGCACAGGGGAGGGUGGCACAUGUCCCAGCACGGUACUGUCUAGCAAUGGCCAGUGUCUAGAAAUGCUGUAAAAAUCUGCAUUUACACUCAAAGCCUCCCAGCUGGAGCUGGUGGGAUACUCUCUAGCCACAGAUGGAUGUGGUUUGGUUCCUCUGGUUGAGAGGGGCUGCAUUUUUGCCCCUUGUUGGAGUUCUCUUCUCUGUUGUGAAGCAGGAAGGGCUACUAUGAGUGAUACAAGUUUGCAGGAUUGUUUAAGUUUAUAAAUAUAGGCAUGCAGAUAUAUUUUCUAUACAUAUAUAUAUAUGCAGAGGUUGUUCAGGUAAUAUGUAUCUUUACAAAAAAAUAUGA